AUGUCUAUUCAGGUUGCAAUCGCGACGGCGAGCCCCGAAGUCUCUGGCCCACACCGUACACACGUCAACGAUCUCCCGCCCGAACUGCUGGUCACAAUCCUGAUGUUGAGCAUGGGAAAGAAAGAUGCUCUUUACGAUGGGUUCCGAGCUAUUGACAUCGUGCGCUGUGCCCCCUUGGACCACAGACUGUCUCAUGUCUGCCGACGGUGGAGGACCAUCAUCCUUUCCCGACCGGGACUCUGGUCGGUGCUCCCGCGAACCGAAGGCGCUCCGCAGUGGGCAGACCUCUGUCUUUCGCGAUGUGCACAGAGUCCUAUUGAAUUUGUUGUACCCUGGGGUGCCCGAUGGGACGAGCCAGAGUGCCAGCAGGCCAUUCGCUCUAUUCUCCCUCACUUGGGAAGGGUACGGACGCUGGACCUCAACUUCGGGCGCCGCAACGCAUAUGAAGGGCCGAACCGUUCGGACAACAUCGCAUUCGUGGCACAUGUCGCCAGAUGCCUGCAACAAAACCCGAUGGCUCUGCUGGAGGAAGUUGACAUGGAGUUUUACUGGCACGAGGACUCGCCGCCAGUUUAUGACGUCCCCCACUUCUCGGCCGAGAUCUUUUCGCAAGGGCCCACGCCACAGCUAAGGAUACUACGACUUCAAGCUUGCAUCGUGUUGCCUCUACGACUGGCUCAUACACGUCACCUCCGACAACUGAUCUUGGUGGAGGUCCAAUGUUGGAGCAAUGUAGACGAUUUGGUUCGCUGUCUACAAGCGACUCCAUGCCUGGAGCAACUUGUGUACCACGACUACGGUACCGAUGAUGGCAAUGCAUUCUUCGAUUCGACACCUUCGCUUGUCCAUCGCCUUCGCUGUGUGCCCCUCGACCGCCUCGCGCUCCUCCGUGUCGAGGGAUCCUUCAACACGAUCGUUUCGAUCUUCAGUUACCUCGCCUUUCCCAGUUCAGCUUGCGUUGCAACUUUCGGGCGGGAUUACGAGGACGAGGAGCAAGAUCAGGCCGCCCACUUCUCCAUGCUCACGGAAGCCCUCGGUAGAUACUUUUCCGCCGCGUCCACAGCAACUGACGCUUUCAGUACCGCCGACGUCGAGUACGACUCUAUUGAUGCAAAAUCAAAGCCUCUCGAGGGAGGGGAAAUAAACUCGGCCCGAUAUUUUUACUUGCAUCUCCCUCUCCAUGUCUCCGACGAAAACACGCAACACUUAUUCAAUCUUCUCGAUAAAUGUGCUUCCCUGCCAGCCUUUCGUCAUCUAAAGCUCAGCUACAGCUUCCGCGAUUGCUACCCGGAAUAUAUUGUGAGGUUCGCCGAGGUAAAACGUCUCACAAAGCUACGAUAUCCCCUACACACUGUAGACUCGUAG